AUGCUCUACGAACUCAUUGCGAUCGUCCGGCCGGGCAACCUCACAGAAGUGAAGGAGUAUGUUCAUCACCAGUUCCACCAGUUCCACGUUUUGCCUGAUACACCACAGACCGCUCUCGGCAUCCAGGAUACUCAUGCUGACCCAUAUCUCAUCAGGAUUGCCCAGACCGUCGGCUCGCUAGUCUUGAAAAAUGGCGGAGUCGUACGCGGCCUCUCCAACUGGGGCGUUUUCUCCCUCCCCAAACCAGUUUCAGUCCAUCAGAUGAAGCACACGCACGGGCAUUACUUUGCGAUGCGCUAUGACGCGUCGACCAAAGUUCACAGUGAACUCCGAUCGACCCUUCGUUUGGAGCCCCGGAUGAUCCGCGCUGCCCAUGUCAAGCUCGGCGAUGGCAAGCUCGAGACCCUAUCCAGAUUUGGUGCGCCAAAGUGGAGGACGCAGGGGAGUGAAGCUUAA